GUCAAUCUUGCCAUCCCGCCAAGGCGGAAGUGUUCCAGGAAUAUUGUACGAGUAGUUCCAUACACGGUGUCCAGUAUUUCGACGCAAAUGGCCGAACAUCCUGUGAAAGGUUUUGGUGGCUUGUUGUGUUUCUUCUUUCGAUGGGUGGCUGUUGUAUGUUGAUUUACAAAACAUUCUGCAAAUGGGAAGAGUCACCGAUUAUAGUAACAUUUUCCGAGAAAACCACUCCCGUCUGGGAAAUUCCAUUUCCUUCGAUCACGAUUUGCCCAGAGACAAAGGUACAAUCGAGAAAGCUGAACUUCACGGCCGAAAUGCAAUCCCUAUUAAGUGAUCUGCGGCGCGAUGGCCCUAAUGCAACAAUAGACCCAUUCAUAAUCGGUCAGUUAAAAAUCGUAGCGCAGCUUUGCAAUUUCCUAUUCAAUACAAGACAUUAUAUUUUACACUCAAUCAAUGGGACCGAUGAAAUGGAUAUUGUGAACGUGCUAAGAAAUAUUUCUCUGGAUAAAUAUCAUCAGACAGCAUUCUGUUCUUUCGACAACUUUCACUAUGACUGCAACAAUUAUCUGAAGGAAACAAUCACGGAGGAAGGUAUCUGUUACACCUUCAAUAUGCCGUCGCAAGAAACCAUUUUCCGUAAAGGAGCUCUGCACAAAAAGUUUAACUAUAUUGAGGAUUGGUUCGAAUUCAACUGGAGCGGCAAUCACACACCUACGAUCCCUAUUCAUUCUAGUGGUGCUGGAAUAAGCACAGGACUAAUGUUGUAUCUCCGGCAAAGCCUGUCGGACACCGAUUACAUGUGCACGGGUUUCUCUCAGGGAUAUAAACUGAUGCUGCAUGAUUCGAAGGAGUAUCCGCAAGUGUCCAAGCGUAACAUCCGCAUUCCGCUCGGGCACGAAAUCAACAUCGCGCUAAAACCGCAAAUGAUCGAAACAUCUAAAUCGGCGGCCGCGUACGAUUGGAAGAAGCGCCAGUGUUUUUUCGACUAUGAACGUCACCUUCGCUUCUUCCAGCACUACACUCAGGAUAAUUGCGAGCUCGAGUGUCUCACCAACAUGACGCUAGCCAUGUGCAGAUGCGUUCGAUUUUCCAUGCCCCAUGACAAUAACACUAAGGUUUGCUCGCUUCGUGCAUGGGACUGUAUGUUUCAGGCAAAACAAUUCUUUCGUCCAAAAUCGAAUGUUUCGGAAGAGUAUCCUCGGCCCGUGCACGACAUCAUUGAAAGCUGCAACUGUCUGCCGGCAUGCAAAUCGACACACUACGACCUAGAGAUAACCCAGUCAUCCCUGGAUAUCGAAAAGUUUAUGAAAGCCAACUUCGUGCCGGUGGACAACAACGAUGAGAAGUACGCAUUUACAACGCUGGAGAUUUACUUCAAGGAAUCACAUUUCAUCACAUCUAAGCGCACGGAAUUGUACGGAUUUGUUGACUUGCUGGCCAAUUGUGGUGGAUUACUGGGACUCUUUAUGGGAGUAAGCUUCCUGAGUUUGAUAGAGAUUUGCUACUUCUUGACGAUUCGUCCCUUUUCGAUAAGGCGUAAAAGGCAGCCAAGGAAGCUUCUACCUAAUGGCAACGAUGUGAACAGCUCGUUGCUGGCCGUCGUGUCAAAAAAAGAUUAAUUAUUAUCAGACUACAGAGAUUAAAAAGGCGUUUCUAUUUCACCUAUAAAACGAAUCAAUUCUUUAACUAAAAUCCUAUGUAAGAUGGCCACAUACGU